AUGGCGGCUGGAGGUGCCGUCCAGGAGCUCUGCGAGGAAGCCUCUUGCUCCAUCUGCCUCGACUAUUUCAGGGAUCCCGUCAUGAUCGCGGAGUGGCACAACUUCUGCCGCGCCUGCCUGACCCGCAGCUGGGGGGCGUCGGGGGCAGAGGCUUCCUGCUGCCCCCAGUGCAGAGGAAAAGCUCAGGAAGGGACCCUCCGGCCGAACAAGCAGCUGGCCAACUUGGUGGAAAUAAUCCAAACACUCAGUCCUCAGGUGGGAAAAGAGGCGGGUGGGAAGGGCGAAGAAGGCAAGGGGGGCGUCUGCGAGCAGCACCAGGAGCCCCUGAAAAUUUUCUGCAAGGAGGACGAAGCCCCCCUGUGCGUGGUCUGCAGCAGAUCCAAGGAGCACCAAGAUCACCAGGUGGUUCCUCUGGAGGAGGCUUUGCAAGAAAACAGGACAAUCAGAGUUGCUAGAAAAGGGAGAGUUUGCCGGAAGCACCAGGAGCCACUGAAUCUCUUCUGCAAGAAUGAUGAAGCCUUCAUCUGUGUGGCCUGUGACCGAUCCAAGGAGCACAGAGAUCACGAAACCCUUCUUCUUAAGGAGGCCUCCCAAGAGUACAAGGAUCAGUUCUGCAACUGUCUGGAGAUGCUGAAAAAGGAGAGAGAAAGAAUUGUGGCGUGUCAAGCAGAUGUAGUAAAGGAAAGCCAAGACCUGCUCAAGCAAACCACAGGAGAGAAGCGAGAGACGGCAGCCAAGUUCAGACAGCUACACUCAUUUCUAGUGGAACAAGAGGAACUUUUGUUGACUCAGAUGGAAGAGAUGGAGAGGGAGGUGGCAAAAACCAGGGACCAGCACCUGGCUGAACUCUCUGAAAAACUCUCCUCUCUGGACAGCCUCAUCCAGGAGAUGGAGGAGAAGUGUCAUCUGCCACCCAGUGAACUCUUGCAGGGUGCCAGAUGCACCUUGAAGAGGUAUGAAGAAAAGGAGGCAUUUGAGAAUCCAGCGGAUUUUUUUCUUUUACUGAAGUGGUACGCUUGGGACUUCUCCGAUCUAAAUCUCCUUUUUGAGACCGUCAUGAAGCCAUUCAAAGAUACUCAGGAUUCUGGAUUUCACCUGCAGAAAGCAAAUGUGACUCUGGAUCCUGACACGGCCCAUCCCCAACUCAUCCUGUCUGAGGACCGGAAAAGCGUGAGAUGGGGAGAAAAAAUUCAACCUCUACCCAACAAUCCUGAGAGAUUUGACAAAUAUGGUGCUGUUCUGGGCCGUGAGGGAUUCAUAGCAGGCCGCCAUUUCUGGGAAGUCCUUGUGGGAAGUGAGGAAGAAUGGAUGGUGGGGGUGGCCAGAGAGUCUGUGAGGAGGAAGGGAUGGAUCACUUUUAGUCCUGAGGGAGGGAUCUGGGAGGUGGGGAAGUGGGGGGGCUGCUACAAGGCUUCCUUAAAAGACGAUGACCUUCCCAUGUCCCUGACCGGGGAGCUGAAGAGGAUCCGAGUCUGCCUGAACUACGCUGGGGGCCGAGUGGCCUUUUUCGACGCUGACCGAGGAGCCCUGAUCUACGAGUUCUCCGGAGCCUCCUUCCGUGGAGAGACCCUCCUGCCCUUCUUUGGGGUGUAUCAAAAAGCCCACCUCAAAAUCUCUCCUUAA